GCGUCAUGUAGAAAAAGAAGAAUAAUUAAGGUCGACUGGCGGACAGCCAUUUUUUUUUUUUACUUCUGUGGCCUUUGUCGGCUUCAAACGUAAUGUACGUUGUUCAACAACCCGAGUGGCCUAGUGCGGCUGUGUUGGAAGAAGGCGUACCGGAAUACCAGCUUCGUCAGUCGGCAAGGUCUGGCGCUGGCGGCCGCGUUGUGGACGGCGCCGGGAACUUCCGUCAGACGCCGACCGCCGCGAGCGCCAGCGGGCGCACCAACUGGUCCGUGCUCUACUCGCUGGUCGUGGCCGGUGUGGUCGAGCUGAGCCUCAUAGUGGCCGUGGUGUACGUGCGGCGGGUGGCGAGCGGCGGCGAAGGCGACGACCUCGUGUUCCGCCUCUCGGGCGGCGACCUUCGCCUGGUGACACCCUACACCAACCACACCACCGUGGCCGACGUGCCCGCGCUGUGCGGAGAGAUACCCAGGAAGGUGUACAGCCGUGGAGGCACGGUCGCCGACUGUGCGGUGUCCUUCGCGCUCUGCAUGGCCGUAGUGGCUCCGCACCGGGUCGGCCUGGCCGGAGGAUUCUUCGCAACUGUCUACGAAAGGAAAUCCAAGCAGGUGGUUGUACUCGACGCGCACCCGAUGGCUCCGAGGAACAUGAGCGAGGCGGAGGACGUCAACGCUUCGAACCCUGCGUCGAGCGCUGGAGGUAAGUCUGUGGCCACUCCGGGUUACCUCCCGGGACUCGAGGCCCUGCAUUCGCGGUUCGGUCGGCUCCCGUGGCCAUCGCUGUUCGAGAGCGCCAUCUCGCUGGCGCACUUCGGCUUCCCCGUCUACCCGGAGUUGGCGGCCAUCUUGGCUCGCUUCCGAAACGCCAUCUCGCGGAGACGCUCUCUGAGGCACAUCUUCUGGAACCGGCAAACCGACGCGGUGUACGGCGUGAACGAGACGCUGCUGCAGCCAGAGCUCGCUGUGACGCUCCUCCGAGUGGCGCGCGAGGGCUCCAAGGCGCUCAGCCAAGGAACGCUGGCCAGGCAGUUCAUCGACGACCUCGAAGAGCUCGGGUCUCUGGUGUCCCAGGAGGACCUGGUGCUCUACCGGCCCGCGUGGAAGGAUCCCGUGCGCAGCGCGCCCCUGGCCGGCGUCCGGUUGCACGCCCCGCCACCCCCGGGCGGAGGCGCCCUGCUGGCAUUCGUGCUGACCACGAUGGACAUGUUCCGGCCCAGCAGGAAGGACGUGUUGAGCGACGGGCCGCUCACCUACCACCGGCUGAUCGAGGCGAUCAAGUUCGCGCACCCGUUCCGGGAGGACCUUGGUGACGACGCGGUCGAGAACGUCGUCGACACGGUGGCCAACCUGGUGUCCCGCGGCCUAGCGCUCAAGACGAGCGGGCUCAUCAGCGACAGGUCCACCUUCUCGGACGCCAUCUUCUACGUGUUCGACAUGCAGCUGGUGCGCGAGGCCAUUCGCGGCGUCUCCGAGAAGAUGGCGCUCGAGCACUACGAGCUUCCGCGGGUCCCCGGGCACGACGGCAGCCGAGGCAGGCGCGACGGGGGCGUCCACUACGACCGCGCCACUAGGAAAGGCAGGCCACGCUCUUCGAAAAACCGCACGGCGAAGCACUUCGAUGUCAAGCACGCAGCGGCGAACGCGGUGUUCCUGGCACCGAACGGCGACGCCAUCGCCUUCUCCGGCAGCCUCGGCGCGCUGAUGGGCUCUCACGAGGCCUCGUCGUCCACGGGCCUGUUGCUGAACAACGAGCUGCACGCGUUCACGCCGCGCCUGCCCGACCGGUACCUGGGCCACGCCGGCGUGUCGCUCAACUUGGCGCGAGCCGCCAAGCGGCCCCUGUCGCCGCUGGCGCCCUCGCUGCUGCUGGACGCCGCCGGAGGACGACUCGUCGCCGCUCUCGCCGCCUCCGAAGACUUCGAGCUGCCGCAGUACGCCGCCUUGGUGCUGUGCCAGCUGUUGCUCAUGAACAAGACCAUCGCGGAUGCUGUGAGCGCACCCAAAGUCCGCUAUCGUGCCAGCCUCAAGGGCGUUUUCUACGACAGCAGCCUGCCACCGGAGACCGUGCGGGAACUCCGGAGCAAGGGUCACCGUAUGUUUCUACUAGAGGACAAUGUCACCAAUGCUGCAGCCAUUUUAAGCCAUGAAGACCGCCUUGUCUACGCUGCAGCCAACAACCACGUUGGUGGUUAUUUCGACGGGAACUGAGUUCGAGCUGUGGCUACAUCAUCUAUGAAGGGCACAUAUACCUAGCUGCAGUGCUGGAGGGUGCCACACAUGAAUGACUGAACAGUUCCACAUCUUCGAUCUAAUAUGUCGUAGAGACUACAGUGCAGCACAAAUUUGGUGUUGCAAGUUUAUUGAAAAUAAUGCAAUGAACUCUAAUGUGGAAUCUUUCUAGCUGGUACAUUGUUUAUAAAGUGUUAAAUAUGGAAAAUGAAGACAUUAUGAAAACUCA